CCAGGAGGAGGCUGAAGGGUCAGUGAGGAGAAGCUGAAGAGUCCAGGAGGAGGCUGAAGGGUCAGUGAGAGGCACCUGAGGGGAAUGGCGGAUGUGUGAGGAGGUCUCUGAUGGGUUGAGGGGUCCCUGAGUGGGGCAGCUCUGCUUCAGCUCUCAGAACCCAGAGAAUUUAAAAUCCUAAAUGACCAUUUUAAUCUGCCUCUGAUACAGGUGUUCCAGUGGUGGUUCCUUUUGACACGACCCAGCUGGUGUGGGGUACAGCAGUUUCAGAUAAAGAAUGGCUCACUCUCGUUCAGCACGGGACUUUGUUGCACUUUCAGAUCUGCAUCCAAACCUUGCUCGUCCUAAUGUAAUCGGGCUGGUUAUUGGGAAAACAGAUGUCAGAAGCUUUCCAGACCGAAAAAACAUUGGCACUGAGAGAUACACCUUCAGUUUCACCAUUCGUGAUUCCCCAACUUAUUUCAUUAAUGUCCAGUCCUGGGGCAGAGAAGAGUACAUCAGAUCCCUCUCAGAAAGCUUCAGGGUUGGUGACUGUGUUACAAUUGAAAAUCCAUUAAUUCAGUCAAAGGAAGCAGAAAGAGAAGAAAAAUUCAACCCUGUAACUCCUAGUGGCUACAAAUUAUUGCUCAGUGAAAAUCACUCUGUGGUUAAAACCUCCUCCUGCUACGACACAGACACCAGGCUCCUGGCCCUGCUGCACCUGCCUGUCAAGGACCCUCAGGAUUAUUAUUCUCUGGGGGACAUCGUGGCCAAUGGACAGAGCCUCCAUGGGAGAGUCCUCAACGUGCUGGCAGCUGUCAUGGCAGUUGGGGAGCCAAAGUAUUUCAUGACUUCAGACAAAAGGAAAGGCCAGAGGUGUGAAGUAAAGCUGUAUGAUGAAACAGAGAGGUCUUUCCCAAUAGUAUGCUGGGAUAAUGAAUCCAUCCAGCUGGCACAGAGUUGGAUCCCCCAAGAAACAGUUAUAUUUGCAUCAGAUGUGAGAAUCAAUUUUGACAAAUUUAGGAACUGCAUGACUGCAACUGUGAUAUCCAAAACCAUCAUUACAACUAACCCAGAAACAGCAGAAGCAAAUGUUCUCUUCAGCUUCAUCAAAGAGAGUGCCCAGGCAGGAGCUCUGCCCAGCCCCAUGAAGGAGCUGCCAAAUGAAACCAUUAACUUGGAGACUGUAGUGGAUGUCUACACAGUGGAACAGCUGAAAGAAAAAGCUCUCCAGAGUGAUGGGAAGCUGGAGCCUGUCCAUGGAAUUAUUUAUGGCUACAUUUCCACCCUGGACAUCGACGAGAGCGUGUCCAGAGUCCUGCGCAACAGAUGCUCAGUGUGCCGGUUCAUCGUGAAUGAGGUGUCAAACACCUGCACCUUCUGCACCGACGUCUCUCCAGAGGCCAAGUCCACCUUUGCCAGCUUUGACAUCCUGGUGGAUGUGACAGACCACACAGGCACCCUGCGCUCCUGCUACCUGGCUGACUGUGUGGCUGAGGACACCCUGGGCUGCACAGUCACUGAAUUCCUCAUGCUGGAAGAUGACCAGAGGACUGCAAUGAAAUGGCAACUCCUCUUGGAACGAAGCAAGAUUUACUUCAAAGUUACUUCAUCACCCAAUUGGAGAACUGGAUUAAAAGUGAAUCUUCUUUCCUGCAAACUGGCAGAUCCCAUAGAGGCCAGUCAGAGCUUGUUGGGAAGAGACUGGAAUUAUUUAUAAAUGCUAGGAAAGGCUUCCUUCACUCUCUAGUUAGAGAUGGAAUUCUGCUGUUGUUAGGUUUUGCCAAGUCCGUUCUGAUGGUAAAGGAGAAGUGCACGUUACAAUACCUCUAAGUGAGCUUCUGAGUUAAUAUUUUUGGGUGAUUUUACUUUAAAAAGUAUACCUGGGCCUCAGCCUAAAUGUUAAUUCUAAAAAUUCAACUCCUUUCAAGGGGGCUGGAAAUUUCCUCACUCAGCUGAGAUCUUUGAAAAAAUCAGAAAUAACAAAUAGGUUAAAAGAGAUCUAUUGAACUUGUGUGGUUUUAACUGUUUUUGUGUGAAAGAAAUAAAGACCCCCCCUUGAAACACUGCCUGGGUUUGUGCUGCAUCUGGCUGAGGCCAAACAUGGAGCUGUGGGCAGAGCAGGGCUGAUUCCCUUUGGGCAGACUAGGUCUAAUUAGAGCAGAGUAAUCAAUUAGCAGUGACCUCUGACAAGCAAAAAUCAAGCUGAGGCUGUAAGCAGGACUCUGGUCUCCAAAGCUGGAUUUAAAGAACCCAGGUAUGUAUAUUGUGCCUUCUUCUAUGUAUUUUUUCCCCUGUUUUUAAUAUAUUCCUGUCCAUAGCUUCACUCCUGAGCAUGUUGGGACUCAGCCUGUUUCCAACAGAGGGAGAUCCCCCAGCCCUGCUCUGCCAAAGGGUUUCAGGCCAGGACAUCCCAGGGAACUCUGAUCCCCCUGCUGCCCUCCUGACCCUUAAAGCAACGUGGCACAGAGAA